AUAUUUGUUCCAGUUACAACAACAGCUACCAGUAAUAAUAACAACAAUAAUAAUAACAAUGUUACUACAAUCGAUAAUAACAAUUUAAAUACAAAUACUACAACAGCAACAACCACAAACGCCACAACAACAACUACAACAGCAACAACACCAAAAUCAUUACAACCCACCGGCUAUCAACCCUUUAAAAAGCAUAGAGCACCUGCUCCGCCACCACCACAAGCCGGUGUAGCCGCUGCUACUGUCUCAGUAAUACGUCAGUCUAGUUUUCUUUAUGGAGCCGCCGGCAUAGGCCAUCAACAUACACAAUAAUAAGUUAAUAAUAAGAAAAUAUACAAUAUUAAAAUAAAUAUUCUUGUUACCAAACUAAACUACAAAUCAUAGAUGAAUAUUUAAUUAGUAUGAAAAAAAUCACAAAAGAAAAUAAUAUAAAAAUACUAAAAUCAUACAGUAACAUAGAGAAGAGAUGUAAUUGUCAAAAACCUAAAUCU